UUUGCAAAAAAGAAAAUAAAUGUGCAUUAGAUUUAAAAAUGUCCCACAAGUCUUGCGUGGAACUAAGCGAAAUCCGAAAAUUGGAUAAAAUAGUGCAGCAAUGCGAGCUGUACAUGUCUAACAAUAAUGUACACGAUUCCGCUAUAAAACCGCCUUUAAAGGAAUUUAAACGAAAUUGCCUUGCAAAAUCCAAUAAAUUUGUGGAGAGGGAACUCUUCUCGCUUAUGUGCAACCUCAAUAAGAUUGAAAAGAAACAAGUUUUUGUUUCAGAUAUAUUGAUAAAUGCCAGUAUGUUUGACGACAAGAAGGAGAGUUUGUCGAGAUUUCCCAAAAAUGUAACAGAUCAUAGCACUCUGGUCUAUCACAAAUUCCUUCGGACUAAUCCCACUAAUGAUAUGGAAAUAAUUGAACUAAAGACCAAGUCAAAGUCCAAGGAAAAGCAUUCAAAGUAUUCAGGGGACUGCUUCUUUUCGCCUAUACUUUUAAAAAUCACCAACAAAAGAGAGUGUUUGAAAAAGGUUAAGUCCAGUAAGGUUGAAAAUCAAAUCGAGCAGAACAAUAUCUCUAACGAGCUUAAAUCAAGUCAACCUAAAAAGCACACUAGUAUUAAAGCCUCGAAAAAAUGCAUUAAAUGUGAUAAAAAAAAGCUGUAUAUUAAAAACUAUCAGACAUUAGCCAGAAGGGAUUGCGAUUUGCUUUGUUCAUACGAUCCAUCGCGUAAAAACAACAACGACAUUUUUCAAGCCCACAAGGGAAAUUCCUACGAGUGUAUGUUUAAAAAUUUAAAAUACAAACAAACCGAAAAAACGACAGAAAAUGUUUUGGGGAGUUCCUUCGAUGAUAUGUUGGACAAAGAAGCUCUUCUCGGCUCUAAGAGCGAACCCAACAUGCAAGACCCCAACGACAUGAUUACUUCGCUGGGGGGAAAUAUACUUGAUCAAAAGUUACAGAAUAACUACUACCAUAAGUGGACUUUGCUGCACUAUUCGCCCUUCAAAGCUGUUUGGGAUUGGGUUAUAUUGAUCCUGGUGAUGUACACUGCCAUUUUUACCCCAUACGUGGCUGCCUUUUUGUUGGGGGAACAGGAUUACCAAAGACGAAAUAACAAAUACAUAAACUCUGACCCUAUUGUAAUAAUUGAUUUAAUUGUGGAUGUUACCUUCAUUGUCGAUAUAUUAAUUAACUUUCGAACUACCUUUGUCAACGCACAAGAUGAAGUGGUUUCCCAUCCAGGACGUAUAGCAGUCCAUUAUUUAAGCGGUUGGUUCUUAAUUGAUCUAGUUGCAGCUGUUCCAUUCGAUUUGCUUUUAGUUGGAAGUGAUACCGAUGAGGUGAGGUAUUCCCCCUCUCUUUUUUCUGUAAAUAACAUGAGUUCGCAAUUCCAGACCACGACCCUGAUAGGACUCUUGAAAACAGCGCGACUUUUAAGACUGGUCCGUGUGGCUCGAAAAAUUGAUCGUUAUUCGGAGUACGGAGCUGCAGUUCUAAUACUACUGAUGGCAACGUUUAUUUUAAUUGCCCAUUGGCUGGCCUGCAUAUGGUAUGCCAUUGGAAAUGCGGAAAAAUCUAUCGCGUCGAAAAACAUCGGUUGGCUGAAUUCCCUGGCCUACGAUAUCCAGGAACCCUAUUUUGACAACCGGACUGGUGGACCCUCUAUAAAAUCACGAUAUAUCACCGCCUUGUAUUUCACAUUUACCUCGCUCACCUCCGUUGGCUUUGGGAAUGUGGCACCUAAUACUGAUGCCGAAAAAGCAUUUACGAUUUGCGUAAUGCUUGUUGGAUCUCUUAUGUACGCAAGCAUUUUCGGAAACGUCUCUGCAAUAAUACAAAGACUGUACUCGGGAACUGCAAGAUAUCAUACACAAAUGUUACGCGUUCGGGAAUUCAUUCGAUUUCACCAGAUUCCGAACCCGCUUAGGCAGAGACUGGAGGAAUAUUUUCAACAUGCAUGGACCUAUACGAACGGAAUCGAUAUGAGCUCGUUGCUUAAAGGUUUUCCCGAGUGUUUGCAAGCCGAUAUUUGCCUGCAUUUAAACAGAAAGUUAUUAACAACUUGCGCAGCUUUUUCGGAGGCCAGUCCUGGUUGCUUAAGAGCGUUCUCUCUUAAAUUUAAAACAACCCAUGCGCCGCCAGGUGACAUCUUAGUUCAUAAAGGAGAUGUACUUACCUCCUUGUUUUUCAUAGCCAGGGGAUCCAUUGAAAUUCAAAAAGCUGGCAAUCACAUUAUCGUUUUAGGAAAGAACGACAUUUUCGGCGAAAAUCCAUGCAUAUAUCCAACACUAGGCAAGUCCAAUGCAGUGGUUAGAGCCCUGACAUAUUGCGAUAUUCACAAACUACACAGGGACGACUUGCUGGACGUUCUGGACUCGUAUCCUGAAUUUCUGGACAGUUUCGUAAACAACUUGGUUAUAACGUACAAUAUGAGAGAUGACGAACACGGAGGAGUUGACAUCAAGCAUCGCUUUUUGAGGGCCAAGUCAUCCGAUAAAAUGAGAAGCUCUCCUGACAUACCCUCUAUAAGGAUAGUUGGACUGCGGUAUAAGAAGCAAAAUGUCAACACUUCUGUGCACAAAGUCAAGAAUGACAACUCCCGUGACCUUAAUAUUUUUAUAGAAAACGAAAUUGCAAACUAUCAUUUAGAUUUGUUUGAGAACAAUAAUUAACCGCAAACAGCACAAUUUGAAAUAAACCAUUUAAUUAGCA